AUGUCACUUGUCGCGCUCCAGCCAGCCAACGAGGAUCCAGAGGACUCCGAUGCAGAAGUCAGACAACCACAACGACGUAGAGUUUCGGAUCCCGAAGAGGAUGACUUUGCUGGUGGAGAAGCCAGCAUCAUCCAAGGCGAUGGCAACUUUGAUGCCAUGGUCAAGAACAUGGUCCGCCUAGCUCUCGCAUGCGAAUACUCCAGGACACCGAUAAGACGUGCCGAUAUCACUGCCAAAAUUCUGGGAACACUGCCGAGCACUAAGUCCCCAAUCUUGUGUCAUUGCCGGAACAUCACUAACAUGACAACAGACGCUACUCUGAGAAUUCGAGGCUGCCAAAGCCUCCUCCUCCUCCGCCGCUCAACAUGGAGGGGAUCAAGAAGGUCUUGGCUGUGUGUCCACACGACGAUCCUAGAGAAUGCCGCCGAUGAUGCCUACAAAGCCUCCACCUCCCCCGCCGCCCAACAUGGAGGGGAUCAAGAAGGAUUGGCGCCCCGCCCUCGGGACAGCCCGUACUUGCCACCAUUCUCGCCGAUAUGA